AUGGCAAGAAUCUCCAUUCGAGAACUCUUUCGCUUCAGAAGUGCCAUUCUCUCUCAUCCCACGAUGGUCUCCUCCAAACCCAACAUCUCUUCUUCUUUGUUUUGCUCUUCUACUGAAGGUAGAAAAAUCUCUCGCUCCAAUUCUUGCCUUGCGCUCCUCAAGACAUGUCGGAACAUGAGACAGCUCUCUCAAAUCCAAGCCUAUUUAAUCAUUUCUGGUCUCUUUCGCAAACCCUUUGUUGCCAGCAAAGUUUUGAAGGUCUCUGCAGAUUACGCCGAUGUCAAUUACACUAUCUUGAUUUUCCGCAGUAUCGAUUCACCCGAUACCGUUUGUGUCAAUGCUGUAAUCAAGGCUUACUCCAUUAGUUCUGUGGCUCAUCAAGCUCUGGUAUUCUAUUUCGAAACGCUGAGAAACGGAUUUAUGUGCAAUAGUUUCACUUUCCCUCCACUGUUUAGUUGUUGUCGGAAGAUGGGUUGUGUUGAAUAUGGAGAGAAGUUUCAUGGGCAAGCUAUUAAGAAUGGUGUUGACAAUGUAUUGGAUGUACAGAACUCAAUGGUUCACAUGUAUGGUUGUUGUGGGGUUGUUGAAUGCGCUGAGAAGGUGUUUGGUGAAAUGUCUAAGAGGGAUUUGGUGUCUUGGAAUUCGAUUAUAGAUGCGUAUGCGAAACUUGGUCAUUUGGUUCUUGCACACAGGUUAUUUGACGCAAUGCCUGAGAGAAAUGCGGUUUCUUGGAAUAUAAUGAUGGGCGGUUAUUUGAAAGGUGGGAACCCUGGAUGUGCAUUGAAGUUAUUCAGAGAAAUGGCCAAUGCAGGAUUGAGAGGGGGUGAAACGACUAUGGUGAGUGUGCUUACUGCAUGCUGUCGGUCUGCCAGACUGAAGGAAGGAAGAUCCAUUCACGGGGUUCUUAUCAGGACCUUCUUGAAGUCGAGUUUAAUUCUAGACACUGCUCUGAUUGAUAUGUACAGUAAAUGUGAAAGGGUGGAUGUAGCUCGUGUAGUUUAUGACAGGAUGACAAAGAGGAAUUUGGUUUGCUGGAAUGCAAUGAUUUUGGGGCAUUGCAUUCAUGGAAAUGCUGAAGAUGGACUUAAACUAUUUGAAGAAAUGGUGGAUGGGAUACGAUCAGAAGAUGGAGAGAUCAACCUGGACAAGGGUAUAAAGAGAAUUGAAGGGCAAGGACUUAUCCCAGAUGAAAUUACUUUCAUUGGUGUUUUAUGUGCUUGUGCUCGUGAAGGACUGUUGGCUGAGGGAAGAAGUUACUACAGCCAAAUGAUUAAUACAUUUCACAUAAAACCCAAUUUUGCACAUUAUUGGUGCAUGGCUAAUCUCUUUGCUGGAGUUGGGCUAGUUCAAGAGGCCGAGGAAAUCUUAAGGAGCAUGCCCGAGGAGGAUGAGGAUUUGUCAUGGGAAUCAUCGUUCUGGGCUGGUUUGCUUAGUUCUUGUCGUUUCCAAGGAGAAGUGUUUUUGGGAGAAAGAAUUGCAACUUACUUGAUUGAAUCGGAGCCCCAAAAUAUCUCAUACUACAGAUUGUUACUUAAUGUCUAUGCUGUGGCAGGCCGAUGGGAGGAUGUUGCUAGGGUGAAAGAGAUGGUGAAGGAAAGAGGUAUUAAACAAAUGCCUGGUUGUAAUCUUGCAGACUUGAAAGAAAUUGUUCAUGAGUUCAAACUGGGAGAAAAAUGGCAACAGGGAAUGGAGGUGAACACAAUGAGGGGUGAACUGGUUCAGAGUUAAUAUUUGUGGAGCAUUGGUUCACUACAUCCACCACUUAACAGGACUUGAAAGGCUAGUCUCUUAUGCCAUUACAUGCAAAGAGGAUUAUGAGGAUGAGGGUGAUGUUGCUAAGGGAAUACAGGACAUGAACAUGAUGGAUGAAGUGCCUCGGUGACCCGGCUUGUCCUCAUUAAUAACUACUGCUGCAGAAGAGAAAUGAGGUGUUAAGCAAGUUUAUUGAUGAUAAGUGCAAUAAAUAUCUUGAAUCAUUCAUAAUCAAUUUUUUUACUGAUUGAAUUGUAGCUUUGGAUGAUACUUUGAUUUGCCAUAUAUCUGGUUGAAAACCUGGUUUUGAAGCAGAAUUUGUUUGCUUCAGUAUCUAUUUGAGUUAGUAAGAAGGGGCUUUUUGUAGUUUACAUGGGUUAACAUGAAUUUGGAACCCAAAUGAUCCAUUCUAAUCUAUUGGCCGGCAUCUCUAAAAGUCA